GGCUGUGGAAAACCAGCUUCCGGUUCCGUUGGGCUCAGUCCUCUCCUAAGCUACGUGUCUUUGCCUCCUCAAGCCGUCGUCCCGCAAUCAGCCAUGGAUCAGGUAAUGCAGUUUGUUGAGCCAAGUCGGCAGUUCGUAAAGGACUCAAUUCGGCUGGUUAAAAGAUGCACCAAGCCCGACAGAAAAGAAUUCCAGAAGAUUGCCAUGGCCACAGCCAUAGGAUUUGCUAUCAUGGGAUUCAUUGGAUUCUUUGUGAAACUGAUCCAUAUCCCUAUUAAUAACAUUAUUGUGGGUGGCUGAAUGCUUUCUCUUCGCGGGAACUAGGAGCAAAUAAGGGUGUGAGAAGCUUAUGAAGUAAAAAGUUGCCUGUAUACUUUGUGUUUUCCUUUCCUUUUUCCCUCCCCAAGAGGUUUUGUAUUUCUAAACUAAAAUAAUUUCAAAAUAAACAUUUUUCCCAUGACAAACAUUUAUCAAAUUUUAGUGAGAGGUUAUGCUGGAUUUUAUUUCCUUGA